GCGGUCAUGCCGGGGCGGACGGCCGAGGCCCGGGGCCCCCCGUGAGGCCCUGCCCGGCUGGGGGCCGCGCCGCCCCGCGGGCGCGCCGCGACCCGGGGAGUCGCCGGGCGGAGGAGGAGGAGCGCGGCGCGCCAUGUGAGCAGCGGGCGGCGGGCAGCGGCUCCCGCCGAGGACAGAUGGGGUGAGAGACAGCGCGAGGUCCAGCUGUCAGCGCGGCCGCAGCCCCGCCGCGGAGGGAGCCCCUCCUCCCCGCGGCUGUGCGCCUCGCGCUCCCGGGCCGCGGGGAAGCCAUGGCGGCCAGCGAGGAGAACGGGGGCGGCAACGGCUCGGUGGAGGAGAAAGAGAACGGCAAGAAGAGGAGGCUGGGCGCCGUGGCCACCGCCUGGCUCAUCUUCUACAACGUCGCUAUGACCGCGGGGUGGCUGGUGUUGGGUAUUGCCAUGGUGCGGUUUUAUAUGCAGAAAGGAACACACAAAGGCUUAUUCAGAAGUGUUCAAAAGACGCUUAAAUUUUUCCAGACAUUUGCUUUGCUUGAGGUAGUCCACUGUGCAAUUGUUCACACCUCCGUGCUUGUGACUGGGGUCCAAGUGAGUUCAAGAAUCUUCAUGGUGUGGUUCAUUACACAUAGUAUAAAACAGAUCCAGAAUGAGGAGAGCGUUAUUCUUUUUCUGGUCGUAUGGACUGUGACAGAGAUUACUCGAUAUUCCUUCUACACAUUCAACCUGCUCAACCAUUUGCCAUACUUCAUUAAAUGGGCCAGAUACAACUUUUUUAUCAUUUUGUAUCCUGUUGGAGUUGCAGGUGAACUGUUAACUAUAUAUGCUGCCUUACCAUAUGUGAAGAAAACAGGAAUGUUUUCACUGAGACUUCCCAACAAAUAUAAUGUUUCUUUUGACUACUAUUACUUCCUUAUUGUUAUCAUGUUCUCCUAUAUACCACUAUUUCCACAACUCUACUUCCACAUGCUACGGCAAAGAAGAAAGGUGCUUCAUGGAGAAGUGAUUGUAGAAAAGGAUGAUUGAAUCAACCCCUGUAACUAUGGUGCUUUUAAUGGAAAAAUGAGGGUAAAAACCCAAAACUUCCUGUGAUUUUUCUGAGUCCAAGUUUUAAAACAUGGAACAAGAAUAAACAACUGUGUAUAAAAUAAAAUGGAUUCUAUUAUUUUUACAAUUUAACAUAUCUUCAAACUUACCUUUUCAUUCUUGGUUUCACCUUUGAUUUUAACUGUUCAUUUCUUCAGACAAAUUAUUUUCUUAUUUUCAAUAGGUUGACAAAUAGCUUUAACAAAUGGAAUAGUUGGCUAAUGUGCUUUCUAAUUAUGAAACCUGUAGUUGUCAUCAAGAAAAAGGAGAGUUAACGAGUCGUACUGACAGUGAGUCUUCUGCAAAACAGAGCAUAAAUUAGGUAACGAUGUUUUUCAUAGACUAGGUGGCGUAAUGUUAUUUUUCUUAAUUUAAUAUGUUAAAUCCUUCAUUUUUAUCAACAUUCAGUAUAUCUUGAGCCUCUGGGAAAGUGUCAUUAGAAGCAGUUAGUUUAAACUAAAGCUGAGUUCAUAAUUAUGUUGGACUUGAAUCGGUCAGCUUUAUGUUAAAUAAUACCUUUACAUUAUAAGUACUGUCAGCACAUUCAACAUUCUUUGAGUUAUAGGAUCAUAUCAUAGAAUUCCAGAAGUAUUUCUGAAAAGAGCUGAAUUCUUGACUGUCAGUGCAAAUUUAGAUCUCUCUGUACUCUCAUUUGUAGUUUAACAGAAAUGUAGAAUAGUAGAUGUAGUAUUUUCUGGUUAAGAAUUUGUGCUGAGGGGUAGUCUUGAUGUGCCUACCUUUUGCUAGCCAGUGACUGAACUGGGACUUGUUUGUUAGGUAAAACUGAUUGUCAGCGUGGUUGCUAUUCUAAGUUCAAAUAUGUAUGCAGAAAAAUUAUGGCAUUAUAUUUAGAAACUGUAGCUAUAGUGAGAUAUUUUAUUUUUUAUAAUUAUCUAAGUGGGAUAAAAUGUAUUUGAAAUGCUUUCUAAAAAUAGAAAUUGUGCUCUGAAUCAUCCCAUUAUGCAAUUUUUAUUUCUCCCUCCCAAAUAAUUUUUUAUAAUGCGAUGACCUAAUCCUAUUUAACAUCUUCAGUAAUCUGCAAGAGGUGUCUACCAUACACUAUACAAUACCUGAGUGGGAGAAGUCCAGUAGCAGAUAGAUUAAAUAUAGACAAGAAUGAGAUACAACCUAAGAGAUCCAAAGACAACGUAGUGCAUUUGAGGAAACUUGGAUGCUUAGUGAGAGAGAGAAGUUUGGAAUGCAGUAAUGUGGUAAGAAGCCUUGGUAGUAUAGGCAAUAAAGUUGCUUCUGGCAUCACUAAUGUCGAAAGAAGAAUGUGUAUAUAGAUGUGCUGUGUCAAGCAGCUGGAAAUAAUACUCUUAAUGUGACUGCUGAGGUUACCUCUGGAAUAUUGUUGUACAUUCUGGGUACCUCAGGAGUCGAGAGUUGAGUCAAUCUUCAGAAAGGUCUGGGAACAAGAACAGAAUUGAUUGAAGUGAAAAAGAAGUAGGAAAGUUUGAGUCAUUAAAUAUGUAUAGCUUUAUGUUAUGUGACAAAUACAUGUAAAGGAAGAAGGCUUACUAGUAUGAGGGUGUAACUAAAAUGGAUUAUGUAAAAUUGAAACAAGGUAAGUAUCAGGAAAUAAAAAUAAAUUCAGGAAAAUAAAUAGUUUAAGGAAAAGAUCCUGUCAGAGAGCUCAGUUAGGUCCUGGAAUGAUGCUGCAAAGCUUAUCAAUGCAUGCAAUUUCUUGGAAGGCUUUAAGUUAGAUGUAAUGUAAUAUUGGAAGAUAAUCUUGCUUUGGUAGGAGUUUGAACUACAUACUUGAAUAGGCGGUUGCCAUUUCUAGCUUCUAUGAUUCUAUAAUAAUACAACUUUUUUUUUUUUUUUAAGUGUAGAUGCACCUUUUCUGGUGCAUCUGAUAAUUUAAUUAAAAAGCAAGGAUUUACCAUAUCCCUAUCCUCCCAAUUCUAUUUCGUGCCUUAGAUUUGUGAUAUUUAUACAUCUCUGUUAUAUAUAAAUUAGUUCCCUUUUAAAUGACAGGUGCACAGUGGACUUGAGAUGGAAUAACUGUAUUUCUGACAGUUUGAGAAUGUGUAAUCUUUGUACAUUUUAGAAAAAAUCUCAUGCAAGGUGCUUUAAAUUAUUAAAUUACUUUUUAAUAUAAAGCUGGAAUUAUUAAAAGCUUCAAAUAUAAACCACAUUAACAGUACUGAUUCACAGAAUGCUUACUUGUAUUGCACAUGUUCAGACUAGCAGUUGUAUUUGUCCAAAGUGCUCAGUAUACUAUGUUAUAAACUUUGCUUGCAUUUUAGUCCAGUAGAGCAUCAAAGCAGCUCUUAGAAACAUUUCUCAGUUAGCAAGCAGAAGAAUUUAAUGAAAUAUAAGUAAAUAAGAUUAGAUUACGUUAUUUGUCUCUUUUUACUGUCAGUGCAGCCCACUGAAGACCAUGGCUAUCAAUUUAUUGAAAAUGCAUUGGAUACUUUAAGGAUCUGAUUUUGAAAUCCUUUAUUGGAUGAGUGUUUCCCACAGAUACUAUUCCUGUAAUCAUAAAAUGAAUAUCUGAGCUAUAAUAUUGUAUUACUAAUGUUGCAUUUGUUCUGAGUGUGGUUUAAGGACAUUAUCAUAUGGAAUUCAAAGAGCCAUUUUUAUAUACUUUUGUACUUGUGACAUGAAAAAAAUACAGCACUUUUCAUUAUAGUCUUGUUUUUGGACUUUUAUAACGCAGCUGUAUACAAGGUAAUGAUACAACUUUUAAAGUGAUUUACAGUUGCAGUAGAGUCUUGCUAAAUGACAUUUGAAUAAAACUACAGCUAACAAUGAUGUACAGUAUUGCAUUCAAUGGUGCAUAGACCACAGAGAUUAUCAUGUAGAUUAGUUUACGUGACAUAUACUUCACAAAAAAAAAUUCAUGUUCUUUCCUUCCUUUUCAUCUGAAGUCUUUCACUGACGCCUCAGUAUCUACCUUCUGAUUUUAAACUUCAUUAAAUACCUUUUGAUUUUAAACUUCAUGAAAUACCUUCUGUAGGAUAGUGAGAAUUGCAGGUAAAAUCCUGCUAAUCAGAUCUUAGCAAUGACUUCAGAUGGGCCAGGAUUUAUGCUGUGUAGCUUUCUUAAACUUCGGCAUAAUGUAGGGAGAUAUUGAGUUGUUCUAAGCCAUGGACAUAUAAAAAAGUAUGAUCUCCAUAUGGUGCUCUUUUUCCAACUUAUAUUCGACACCUUUCUUCAUCUUUGUAUUCAUUUCUACAAUAUUCCUAACUAUUUUCAGCAUUGAAAACCUCCUGUUUAGGAAAGAUCAGAAAUGUAUUUAAGCAUCAGCCUCUAAUGUUUUGAUGUAGUCUUUAAUAAAUUGUUCAUAUAAAAGUGAUUCUUAAUUGUGCUAUAUAUGCCUUCUUGAAUGGUUUAAUAUAGAGUAUGACCUUAUAAAGUUGAUUCAUGACAAUACGUAGGAAUAGGCAUUUGGAAGGAAAUUCCUAGUUCUCAAGUGACAUUUUCUACUGUUGAUGGUAACACUGCAUUUUAAAGCAGUUGGAUUUCUUAGGGUCGGUCUUUUUUUUUCCCCCUUCGCCCCACUAUUCCCACUGGAAAAGACUGUUCCAAAACAGAUAAGGUGAAUCACCUCAUUUCACAGCUGUGCCUAGAAUGUCUAAAGGCCAAAUCCUGGCAUCAGGGCAUGGCUGAUACAAAGGGAAAUGAGAUUGAGAAACCGCAUCCUCCACAUCAGCUGCCAAAGAGAGUCAGUGAGGCCAUUGUGAACAGCAGUUGAUACGCAUCAUUUCUCUCACUUCUCACUAGGCAGGAUUUGAGAAGAGAGGCAGCUGAACAUACCCUCAUAACCUCUACAUGAGGAGCUAAGGUGAUCAGCUAGUAGGAUCUCUGUGCACAAAGGGUUUGUUGCAUAAAUGGGUGUUCUGCUCUACUGGGCUAUCUUACUAGUAUCUAUAAGCAUAUAUUUCUUGAAAUAAUAGUAUGUCAAGAUAGCUAUGUCACACUGCUCUCAAAAUUAACAGCCUUGGAGAAAUUGUGCAGUAUGCUGCAUCUCCUAAUUCCCAGUAAGCAACAUUAAUAACACUUAGCCAGGUUCAUGUUAAUGGACAGAUUGCAAUGCAUAGUUAGCAAGGGAUUGCAUGGAAACCUUUUUAUGACCAAAGUGAACCUAUCUUUUUUUAUCCAGGAAUAAAUGUUCAUUUUAAAUCUAGAUGUAGCUACUGGUCUUACUGGUACUUGCACUCUUCACAGUAGUUACCUUAAUGGAUAUUUGGAUAUUUCUGUGAUUAUUAAAUACAUUCCAAUGAAAAUAAAUUGUGACACUUUCAAUAAAUUACAAGUUAAAGUAGAUUCUAUAUUAGCAAUAUUUAUGAAUUGAGUUCUAGCUUAAUCUGAAGGAAAAUUAUACAAAUAAGUUUUCUGCACCAUAGAGGAGGGCUUCAUAAAUCACAGUUUCCAAGCAGGCAAACGGGCUGCAGUUGUAUGUAAAGGAUUGGUUAAAUAUGUUUUUGAACAAAAACAUUGAAAGCUUUUCUGAAAUUUAAAUUUUGUUUCAUAAUUUUUUGUUUUAAAAUGUGCUCAGAGAUACUGUAUUAUUUAUUAUCAAACAGUUUACAAUUGAAAUUCAUGCUGAACUUUUUGUAGAUGAUUUAGCGUAGCUCAUAAAAAUGUGUUACUCUAUGUUUGUUAUCAUGGCAACUUAGGAAACAAACAUCUGCAAAGCUCUUACUGUGUUAACUUGCUCAGACAGAUUUCGACAUUGCUAGUGCAUAGUGAGCUUUACAAGGCCAUGCAAGUGGCACAUUAACAUUUGGCAUGGAGAGCUCUUUAGCCUUGCUUUCAUGACUGCACUCCUUAAUAGUAUAUGGUGGUAUUGGUGCAGGCAUUGAAGUAUCUGGUAUUGUAAGCUGUUGAUAGCUUUCUAGUGGUCCUGGGUGUAUAGAUGUUAGUAAGUGACUGAUCCUUUGAAUUCUCACAUUCAGAAGACCUGAUCUUGUGAAUUCUUAGGUCACCAUAGUCAGUAAUACUGACUAAAAAGUGGAGUGUAGCAAUGGCUGUAGCAAGAUAAACUGUGGAGAACCUGCUUGCUGGAUAACCCUAGCUCUGUUACAGGAACUUGCUAUUAUGAUCAGGCCUGCAACUGGUAGUGGGUUUGGAGCUUCUAAAAUGUAUAAUACAUUCUGUGUCAUGUUGUAUCAACUGAAACAUGUUAUUUUUUUAUUCACAGUUCUCUUGCUUCUCUGUUCAGUUUUGAAUGUAUUUUAUGUUGUUUCAGUUGGUGGCUUUGUAAAAGUGUUAGUACAGAAAAAUUUAUCUGAGUGUACCAUGUACAGAAAUGUACAUAAGGAUUCUUAAUAAUGUAAAUGCACUGCAGCUGCUCAUUAAUGUAUUUGUUAUUUUUUCUCACAUGCAUCAUAAGCAGUUUAUACAGAUAAAAAACACACAGAAUGGUACUUUUAAUAACAUUUGCAAAGCUUAAAAGAUUUGUUGAGCUGUAGACUUAGAUACAUGUUUUAGAGAUUGUUAAUACUGUAGCACUGUAGAAAUUCAUCAUCAAUUAAAAGACAUGUUCUAAACUGUG